UCGCGAUAACAGCUCAACGUCGCCGCCCACAGAGGGAACACAAUUAUCGCGCUUUUCAAUAUAUAAUAAUUACGCGACCCUUUCAAAAGUGUACAAGUACAGGGGUGCAGAGGUGGAAACAAACAGAGGCUAUUAUAAGCAGUUCCAGCAGACAGCAGCGGGACAGAGAGACAGAGGAAUAGAGCUCUGUGAAUGGACGAGGGACAUAGAAGGAGGAGAAGGGCCUCUGUUCCCUAACUAAACCUGGAAAAAAACAACAACCAACCCUGCUGAAGGAUUAACUCCCUGUCCGUGCUGACAUGGCCCUGCCCUCGGUGAUGGUGUUGCCCCUGCUGAUAGUAUUAGCGGCAGGGGUCUAUUACAUCUACAAUGAGGUCAUGCACUUUAUGUCCAAGUCCUUAGUGCGAAACAAAGUGGUGGUGAUCACUGAUGCUGUGUCCGGGGUGGGAACUGAGUGUGCCCAUCUCUUCCAUAAGGGUGGCGCCAGACUUAUUCUGUGUGGGACUAGCUGGGAUAAACUGGAAUCUCUGUAUGACUCUCUGACAAAUGACGCUGACCCCAGAGAGACGUUUGCCCCAAAGCUGGUGAUCCUGGACUUUAGCGACAUGUACAGCAUGGAAGACGUGGUGGCUGAAGUGUUGGAGUGCUAUGGCUGUGUGGAUGUGUUGAUCUGUAAUAGCAGUAUGAAGCUGAAGGCCCCAGUACAGAGUGUCUCCCUGGAACUGGACAGAAACAUCAUGGACAUUAACUACUUCGGCCCCAGCACUCUGGCCAAAGGUGUUCUUCCAACAAUGAUCUCAAGAAGAUCAGGGCAGAUUGUGCUGGUCAACAGCAUCCAGGGAAGACUGGCUGUUCCAUUUAGAAGUUCAUAUGCUGCAUCUAAGCAUGCGGCGCAGGCCUUCUUUGACUGCCUGCGGGCUGAAGUGGAGGAGUAUGGGAUCGUUGUCAGCACCAUCAGUCACACCUUCAUCAACGCCUCCGACCCGCCGCCUGUCGAGGAACCCGCUCCUAAACCAAACACUCUGUCUGCAUUUAUUGCCAGACAGAUGACCCACGGCGUGCGUCCGUCAGUUCUGGCCAAUGAGAUUAUGCAAACGGUCAACAGGAAGAGGAAGGAAGUUGUGAUGGCCCACCCCAUCCCCAGGGUGGCCGUCUACCUCCGCUCCCUCAUCCCCUCCUUCCUCUUUGCUGUGCUGGGUGCUGGAGUGAAGGACUCAGUCCUGGCUGAGCAGAUGUAGUAGGAGAAAGGCUGAAAUACAGGAUGGGAUCAUACAGAGAUGUGAUAGAAAGCAUGGAUUUUUUGGAUAUGGUAGAUUAGUGAAAGUAUGUGCUGCAUAAGGCGGGAUCACAAACUGGGCAAAGCAAGCAACUGCACCAGGAUCCCAACCCCUUGAGGACCAUCAGGUUCAUCAUGUGGCAAUUAGUCUUUGCUAACUGAAAGCUAAAAUCCUUAAGAUUUGAAUGAAAACAACCCUGUCUUUCAUAGUAUUUGUGAGUAUAGGUUAAACAAUUACAAAACAAACUGCAAAUCAAAAAUAUGUAAUAAAUAUUGAGCUUGAAUCUUG